ACAUUUUGGCCGGUCGUAGCGAUCCAUCAUUGGUGUCCGGUGUUGUCCUUGUGAAUGGCAAAGAUCGACCACCUAACUUCAAGAGGACCUCAGCUUACGUUAGUCAGGACAAUUUUGCAAUGGGAUCACUUACUGUGCGCGAAAAUUUGUACUUCUCAGCAGCCCUUCGAUUGCCAGUGUGGGUGUCUCACAAGGACCGCGAGGCUCGUGUUACAGCUCUUCUGACAAAAUUGGGUCUUAUCUCUGUUGCCGACGUAAAGGUUGGUACGGAGUUGGUGCGUGGCAUCUCUGGUGGGGAACGCAAAAGAACCAACAUUGGAAUCGAACUGAUAACGGAUCCGUGUAUCAUUUUUCUCGAUGAACCCACCACUGGCCUAGAUACGUUUACAGCCUCUAAGCUGAUGAAGCUACUAAAGAGCCUUAGUGCUGAGGGGAAGACCAUCAUUGCCUCGAUCCACCAGCCCAAUUCCUCCAUCUACAAACUCUUUGAUUCUCUCACCCUCCUCUGCAACGGCUACGCCAUCUACAACGGGCCGAUAGCAAACGACGCUCCCAUAAAUUUCUUUCGUGGUCUAGGCUACAAAGUGAGUGCUCGCGAAAAUCCUGCUGACUUCUUCAUUGACUUGUUGUACCAAGACCUUCCCGAGGAAGCCAGAAGUCAGCUUCAAAGCGGUGAAGAUGAAGACGAGGUCUUUAUCGCCGACAAGGUGAAGCGUCUCUCAAUCUGCCCAUCUCGAAUGAAACAACUCCAAUCGCUUUUCGAGGCGUCUUCAGAUUGGUCUUUUUGGAUAUCUGAGGCCAAGUAUAUCUACUCGGUGUGGAGAAACCUUCAGAAGCCACCGAAACCGAUGUCGCGCGAAUGCUCCUCCAGUCACUUUCACAGCGCUAGCGGCAGUGAAGCAGAGCUGAGCCCGCUGAUGGCCAACCCGAGGAAGUCUAAGUCUACAACAAGGCAAGUGAACAAACUUCCAAAUCCUGCCAUCCCCGAUGAGUCAAUCGCGGAAUUGACGUCGCUUUAUGAUGAGGUUUUCGUUAACUCUUCAAAGGGUCGACAAUCAGAAAUCUUUAGUAGAACAGAAGUGGAAAGGAAGGGACUUGGUUUAGGAUGCAACGAAAAGGAAUACAGACCCAUACCAAUGUAUCGCCAGUUUGCCAUCCUUGCUAGCCGUGGAUUUCUGGACACAAUGAGAAAUCCGAAUGGAGCUGCCGUCCACUUUAUCGGAGUCGCCCUAUUCACCCUUCUCCUCGGGACCGUCUACUACCAGAUGGGCUUCUCUAGCGAAGCCGGCAUCCAAAAUCGGGCCGGUUUGUUUUACUUCCUUUGUUUGGAGCUGGCUUAUUUCAACGGCAAUUGUGUUGACAUUUUCGUCAAAGACUGGGCAAAGUUCAAGCACGAGCGUGCAUGUGGCUUCUACCAGACGUCAACGUACUUCCUGGCCAAGGUGUUGUGCGAGGUGCUGCCGGUCAAGUUGGGUCCGAUUUUGCUGUUCUUCCCGAUGCUCUACGGAGUGACGGGUCUGCGAAGGGAAGUGGGUGCCCUGCUUUUCUGGGAGCUCUCCUGCCUCUGCAUGGGCACGGCUGCGGCUGCCAUUGUCACCUUUUCCACUGUACUUUUCAACCACGUAGCACUGGGUUAUGCAGUCGGAGGAAUUAUGCUAUCGUUUAUGAUGGUAAGCACUUUCGCCCAGGCACACUUUUUUUUCCGCAGAAGACGAGUAGUGCUAUGUGUAAAAGGCUUCGCUGUGCGAUAA